AUGUCUGAUAAACCAGUGAUGUAUGGAAAGCUCCCAUCUGAUACGUCCUGUUACCUGUCGGACACCUGUACAGGUAUACACUGCUGUAUACAGAUACCACGGCUAGGACGAGGAAUUACUGUGUACUUAGACCUGGAUACAUGUCACAAUACAUUUACCAUUGGCAUAGAGAAAUUCAUCCACAAGAUAUCUAUUCUGGAAAUAGAGUAUGGUGCUAUACACUCUUUCUCCAUGUUUGGAUUUGUAAACAUAAAUUAUAAGAUUGAAGAGUUGUACAAUGAGGGGAUGUUUAUAGUUAGUAUGACAGCUAGUGUGUGUUUAGAAUCUAAUGGUCCUUGUGAACUAGAGGUACAAGUGCUGGAUAAUGUCAAACUACCAAAACCUCUAUGUAACCUCAAUCAAGGAUUUGCUAUUCCAGAUUUUUCCCUAGCUUCUUGGUUAGAUAAUAAUAAGAUAGAUAUGACACUACAGUUACAAUCGUAUGCCAGAGACCUACUGAUGGAAGAACUAGGAAUAGCUGGGUAUUUACAGAGUACACAAUGUCAAUUCUCAAACUACCAGUUAAAUACAGACCGAUGGGACUUAGGUCUGUGUGGAGCAGACUUGUCAUUACCUACUCUCCAUAAGAAUCUAGCCUGUAGGAUACCAGAUUAUUGUACCGGGAUUCAGUGUUGUGUGUAUAUCCCUGUCCUAGAUAUGUACAUAGAAGCACAUCUUCUGCUGGAUAUAUGUGAUCUUAGACUCAGUAUUGGAUUAGAGAACAUGGUCAUCAAUGAAUCCUUGGCUGAUUACAAUUUCAAUACAGAGAAAAUUGUCUCCCUUGGAAAUAUGGUGAGAUUAAAUUACAAGAUAGAGGAUUUAGUUGCUGAAGAGAAGAUUUUAUUCAGUUUAAAGCUUGAGAUUUGUUUUGAGACCAAAGGAGACUGUAUAUACAGCUAUGAUGUAUUUAAAGAUACAAAGAUAUCCAAACAACCUUGUGACUGGAAUGAAGGAUUUCCUAUUCCUAAUUUCAAGUUAAGUGACUGGUUGAAAGAACAGCAGUUACCUUCAAAUGUAACACAGCUGUCAGAAUUGAUGACAUCCAAAUUGUUAGAACAUCUAGGUAUAGCUGAAUAUUUACAACAGCCAGGAUGUGAUCUGACAUCCAACCCUCUAUACAGUACUGCUGAUAGUCAGGGGUGGAACACAGAAUGUGAUGGAGUUCUAAAAUUACCAGUUUUACCUGGUGGUAUGAUUUGUCACCUGGAUUCUACCUGUACCUCUGUUACCUGUUGUACACCUGUUGGACUGAUUAACAGAAACAUUAACUUCUACUUGACCAUUGAUCCGUGUAAUUCAGUCUUCAAACUUGGAAUAGAGAAAUAUCAGUUUGAGUUCUCUUUAUUUGAAACAGAUUUCAACGUACAGAAACAAUUCAAUGUGGAAAAAGUAAUAAAUAUUAACUACAAGAUAACAGAUAUACCAGGAGAAGAUGUAUAUUACCUUGACCUUGGUAUCAAGGUGUGUUUCAAUUAUAGAGGACCUUGUAUAGUAGAAGCAACAAUAUUUUCUAACACUAAACUCCCCAAACUUCAGUGUAGCUGGCAGAAAGGAUUCUCAAAUUCAGAUUGGUCCUUGUCUGACUGGUUUUCCUUGAAGAAUUUCAGUCCAAACCUUACACUGUCAGAUGAAGGUAUACUACAGCUGAUGAAGGAUCUAGGACUGACUACAUAUUUACUGGACAAACCAUGUGAUCCGUCUGAUCCAGACUCUGUGUUUGCCACAUCUUAUCAAGGUUGGAGUUUAGGUUGCCAAGAUAGUGUUAUUAGAUUACCUCCCCUGAUGGAAGAUAUGAACUGUUACCUUGAUGAAUCUUGUACAGGGAUACAGUGUUGUGUAAAUAUUGGUUUUAUAAAAAGAAGUUUCCACAGUUUCUUCACAGUUGAUACCUGUAACUAUGUAAUUAGUUUUGGUGUAGAGAAACUCAAAUUUGAUGUGACUUUGGGUGAUUUAACGUAUGGUGAAUGGAAUCAGUUUGACCUCUUUGGAGUUGUCAUAGUCAGGUAUAUGAUAGAUAACUUACAAGAGGAUGGAUUGUAUCUUGUAUCAAUGACACUGGGAGUAUGCUGGGAAUCUGAUGGUUCAAACUGUCAACAACAUGUUAUAUUUAAUGAUGCGUUGCUACCUAAACCCUUGUGUAACUGGAAUAAACCAUACAAAAUACCUGGAUGUAAAUCUGUGAUGCCAGCGGACAUUGUAUUUGUUGUUGAUGAAUCUGGCAGUGUUGGACAGAAACAUUUUGAUGAUACUGUGGAGGCCAUUAUUGAUACUGUUUACAGUCUAGUGAUCCGUUAUGACCUUAUCAAUGUAGGAAUGACCUUGUUUGAAGGUCACAGAACAUCAAGAACAAUAUUAAACGUAAAAGAUGGCCAUGAUAAGACAAAAAUUAAAGAGACCUUGUCCAAAGCUGUAUACAAGAAUGGGAUGUAUACAGACAUUGCUGAUGCCUUUAGUUACACAUGUAAUCAGAUGUUUAUAACUAGUCAAGGAGAUCGAUCAGAGGCUGUAAAUUACUUAGUUCUAUUGACUGAUGGGAAGUCAGACUCCACCAAGGCUGUACAACAAGCAGAAUUAUGUAGCAGUAAAGGUGUCAGAAUUAUAUCUGUAGGGAUAGGGACAGGCAUUGAUGUAGAUCUAUUGAAGACAGUGGCCUAUAAACCUGAGUAUUUCAUCAAUACUGCAUACAGUGAACUGAAUACCACAUUACCUACUCUGGUUUCUCACUCUGUAGAUUGUAGUGCAGAUUUUUCUCUGGACAAGUUUCUGGAUAACAGUGGAUUUCUUAGUCUAACAGAGUUCAGUAUAUCCCAGCUACUGGAAUAUCUUGGUGUAUCUGAAUACCUUCAGGGUUGUGACAGGACACAGACUCCAUAUGUACCAGCUGUAAAUGGCUGGAAUAAUGCAUGCCCAUCAAUGCCUGCAUUUAAUGAUAUAUCUUCUCAUGCAUCCUGCUAUAUACCAGACACAUGUACAGCUCUUGACUGUUGUAUUGAAGUAGACAGAAUAAAGAGACAACUACAUACCUACGUAGAUAUAGAUACAUGUAAUUAUAAACUGACAGUGGUAAUAGAGAAACUAUAUCUGGAAUACUCCUUGGUUGACUAUGAAUGGGGAAAGAAAGAAAAGUACUCACUGUUUGGAUUGCUGAAUUUACAGUUUACAAUAGAGAACUUGGCAGAUGAUGGCAUUUUAUUGGUUAAUAUGGAUAUAUCUGUAUGUAUGGAAAGGUCAGGACCUUGUGAAGUACUAGUUCAACUCUUACAGAAUGCUACACUUCCUAAACCAUUGUGUAAUUGGACAAGUGAUUUCAUGGUUAAAGGUUUUUCCCUUGAAAACUUUCUUGUUAACAGUGGGUUGAGUACUUCUGUGAGUUCUUUGUCAUCAGAAAUCACCAAGAAAUUGUUAGAAACUCUUGGAUUAUCACCAUUCCUAUUGGAGAAUCAGUGUGACCAACAAGAUUCACCAUUCCUACCUAAUAUUGAUGGAUGGAACAAUGACUGUCCAAAUGACAUUGUUCUUCCCAGUCUCCCUGCCUCAACCAGAUGUCAUGUUGGAGACUACUGUACUGGUAUCACAUGCUGUACUGAUGUAGAUCUGAUCAGUAGAUCUAUUACAACCUCUGUCAGGAUUGACCCUUGUCAGUAUACACUGGAGGUACAGAUAGAGAAACUGACAGUCAACAUUAGUCUGGUGGAUUAUCAAUUUGGAAAGAAAGAUCACAUCUAUCUCUUUGGAGUAAUUCGCCUUGAUUAUGACAUAGAAGAUUUGAAGUAUAAGAGGCAGUUCUUAGUUAACCUUGAGUUGAGUAUUUGUUUGGAGUCCAGUGGACCCUGUAUGAUAACUGUUCCUGUAUUAGAUAAUGCUAUACUACCUAAAUCUGUAUGUGAAUGGGAAAACAACUUCAUUGAUCCAGAAUUUUCAUUUGAUAAAUACAUAAAAGAUUCCUUUGGACUCAGUAGGGGUGCCAUCUUAAAUGAUUAUCAGAGGAAGAAAUUAGGAGAUGUUCUAGGCAUAACUGAAUUCUUAAUGGAUGAAAAGUGUUCAAUGUCUGACCUACCAUACACUGGAACAGGCUGGAAUAAUGGUUGUAACCCUAUGAGUACCAGUCUCCCAUCAUUACCUGUGAAUACAGCAUGCUAUAUAACAGACUCCUGUAACACAGUACAAUGUUGUACGAAAGUGGACAAGAUAGGUCAGUCUUAUGAAGCAGAAGUCAGUAUUAAUAUGUGCUUGUUCAAGCUAAAGGUCAGGAUAGAAAAACUGGAGUUAAACAAAGACCUGAUGAACUUCCAGUGGGGGACACCAGUAGAGAUGUGGCUGUUUGGACUAGUUAGAGUCGGAUUGACCUUGUAUGAUUUAGAGACAGAGGGUAACAUCAUGAUAGAUAUGACAGUGAGUGUUUGUGUAGAUGCUGAUGUUUCUGUACCAUGUUAUCAUUCAGUACAGAUUUUCAAAGGUCAUAAACUUCCAAAAUCUGCAUGUGAUUGGAAAAGUGAUUUCCCAGUUCCAGGAUUUGACCUAGAAUCAUGGCUUUCUAGCAACAGUUUACCAGCGAAAAUGGACAUACUACCACAGUGGUCUGUUGAAUAUUUAUUGCAGGAGUGGGGAAUUAGAAAAUUUGUCACAGACCAAACUUGUACAGAAAUUUUCACAGAUUUUGAUAUUGACCACACAGCAGGUUGUAGUUUGGUUCUGCCAGUUUUACCAAGCUGGAUGAUUUGUUCUGUGACUUCGACAUGUGAUGGUGUGAUCUGCUGUAUUACUUUGCCUCAGAUAAAUAAAACAAUACCAGUGGCAUUACAGAUAGAAGACUGUAGGAAUACAAUGCAUCUACAGAUAGGAAAGUUGCAAACAAAAACUAAACUUACAGAUCUGAAUUAUGGCAACAGUGAAACUUUCUCACUUUCUGGGAUAAUAAAUAUGAUGUAUACUAUAGAAAAAGUAGAAGAUGAUCACCACUAUCUGGUAGAUUUGAGUCUGUCUGUCUGUUACACUGAUAAAACCCCAUGUGAUUAUCAAGUCUCAUUACUGACCAGUAAUAUCAGCUAUGGAUCAUGUGAUAUAUCUGCUGGUUUCUUGAAUCCUGAUUUCUCACUGACUAACUGGUUGAAUGAUAGGGGUUUGACUGUAAACUCAGUUCUAACAGAUAUAACAUCAGAUAGAUUGAUUACAGAGCUUGGUUUAUCAGACUAUAUGGGAUAUUCUGAUAGCUGUAGUCUUACAGUGUCACCUUACAAAGAUGCAGUAAAUGGUUGGAUUAAUGAAUGUCCUAGUGUGACAACCUUACCAACUUUAUCGGGAGAUAUUGCAUGUCACAUGCCAUCCUGUUCACAGUUCUCCUGCUGUGUGUAUAACAACGUUCUCCGUCGAUCGUUAAAAUCAACCAUACAUCUGGGUACUUGCUCUUAUAUGCUCAAGGUGUCUAUAGAAGAUUGGCAUUAUGAGUUCCAAAUGUUAAACUAUCAGUGGGGAAAAAUACAGAAUGUAAGACUUCAUGGUGUAUUCUCAUUAAGUUUUACUAUCUACAAUAUCCCAUCUGAGAGUAAAUUCUCAGUUGAUGCUGAGAUAAAACUCUGUUUUGAGGCAAACAACAAUACAUGUCUUACAGAAUACUCUAUAUUAAAUAAUGUUCAGCUGAAGUAUGAGGUCUGCAAUCAGACUCAACCUCUGGGGGGUCUUGCAUUCGAUUUCUGGAAACCAUCUUACUGUACCUCUUAUAAUGGAGACUUUCUGAAUGGUUGUAAUAGUGUACCAUCACCAAUAUCUUCCAUGUCUGGUUGUCACUUGACCAGUGAUUGCCAAGGGAUUGAGUGUUGUGUAGGCUCAAACUUCAUCUCAGGGUCCAGGAAUGUAGAAACCAUGCUGAAAAUAUCCCAGUGUGAUGUGAUUGAUGGGAACAUAGAGCGAAAGACCUGGACAAAAAGUGGACUUGAUUCUUUAACAGGAUCAUCUGUAUCAGAGAAAGUAAAUGAUGUAUUUGAUUUAAUGGUUGAUGUCAUAGAAUCCUCAUCAUCUCUGUACAAGGUCACUAUGUCCUUGAAGACUUGUUAUAUUAAGGAUAUUGGCUGUCAGACUUUAACUCUAGCAGAGGAAGUUUCCUUAGUCAGACCUACAUGUACUAGUGGUAAGAGGAGGAGAAGGAGAAGGAGUGUGGAUGGAGUAAAUAUUGCUGAUCUAAAGACAGGACUCAGAAAUCUAAUGGAAAGAGGAGCAUCAUCAGCUGAAAUCAAAGAAUACAUGUCAGAUGUUAAACAUUUGGAAACUGAAGAAAUAAUGAAAAACCUCCAAGUAAUGGACCUAGAUGUUAAAGAUACUACCACAGGAAUUCAGUCUACUAUGAAAGCCUUAGGACAAGAUAAUCCUUCUACACUAUCUGUACUGUGGUCUAAUGACAAAGGGGUAGAGGUCAAGGGAGGUAAAGGUGUUGUUAGUAUGCUGUCCACAGCAACAGAUAUCGUAGGACGUGCUGACCAGGCAUUUGUUGUUGGUCAAGGACUUUCUAAUGCUGGCGUAGAAUUACUAGGACAGAAGCUGGCAAACAUGACAAUAGGAGACAUCAAAGCCAUGCUAGAUUUGAAAAAUAUGGACCCUCUUGUUGUAGCUGAACUUAUUGGACAGAUUAAAGAUUUGGCAAUAGCUUUGUUAUCUGAAUUUGUGAGCAAGGUUUUAUCAGAUCCAAGUAAUAUGUUUAAAUCUGAAGACUUUGUAGUAAAGGGAUAUGUAUCUUUUCCAAGACAAAAUGUUGAAUUCUUCCGAUAUGUUCAGCCAAUUCCUCUUGGACCACUGAUCCUUUGGCUUAAAUUUGGAUGUGGUGCGUACUAUGGGAUGAAAUUUGAAGUUGGUGCCAAGAUUAUGGCAAUGAAAGCAUUUGCUGGUAUAACACCUUAUGGUGGAGCUCAUGCUUGGGGGUCAAUUAGUCUCUGUUUUGGACCUUUGUGUGGAGUGCUCUUACUAGAUGGCUAUGUGAUGGAACUAAGAUUCCCUACAACUGCCGAAAUAGGAUUCAGCAAGUUUCCAUUAGAUGUUGGAUUAUCCAUGUAUUUGGAACUUAUACCACUACAGCUUCAACUGACUGGAAAGGUUACCUUGGAGAUUGAUUUAAAGUUUACUAGUUUUACCAAGACACUGUUAAGCAAAGUACUUUGGGGAUAUAGAACUGCUACAAUACGUAAAAAGAUAUUUGAUUAUCGUUCCAGUCAACAUGACACCACGGCACCAGAAGUUUCAUCUUUCACAGAUGAUCCUGAUAGCAUGGCAAAGAGAUCAACACCCUCUUGUACAGUGUCACAAACACCAUACUUAGACUUCACAGAAUCAGAGUUCCAGAUCUCUAUACGGGCCGAGGACGAUAGAUGUCAAGUUCGUCUCUAUCUCAAUAUAGGGACAGUUCCUUGGACAUCAGAUGUAUUACACAGAUUCGAGCUGGGAGGUCCAUCCACUAUUAUAAAAGAGAAAUUGAAGAAUGAAGGUACUGGAGUUCCUAUAUAUUUUACAAUGAUUGCUGAGAAUAACUCUGGUCAGAAAUCAGAAGCCUACUGUUCCCUGUCUACAUACGAUGUAACUGUUCCUGGAGGAAGAUUCCUAGAGGAAUUCAUGUCAACCAGUAACCCUGAUGAACUACGAGCUUAUGUCACUGUUUAUGAAGACUCAGAGGUAACACAAGCUCUAGUUGGAGUUGGCUAUGGGAAAGAUAUUUAUGGAGACCAGAUUGUAGCGUGGAAUGAUGUUGAUUUAGAUCAUCAUGAAAUUAAUGAUGACUUAGGUGAUGAUCCCUUCAAUCGUAAGGUGUUGACAGAAAUGUUUACUGGACCAGUUACUGGCAGACUCAUUGGACCUAAAGCUGCAAAGAACACCAUUAAAUAUUCCCCUGGUGAUUGUGCCAGAGCUUGUGCAGACCUCCCACUCAGUAAAUGUAUGAGCUUUAAUUAUGACUUUGGCACAGCUGAAUGUGAACUUAUGGAAGCCAUAGAGGGACAUCACUAUACAAAAUCUAGGUCUAGAUUGUUUGAACACUAUGAAAGACUUGGAAUCGGAAAGUCCAAACGAUUCAUAUAUGAAAAUAUGAAUCUCCUCCAUAACAAAGUGCAUUAUUUCAACUUCAGGAUUGUUAAUGUUUUAGGAUAUGAAAGUAUAUUAACUAGUGAAGGAGUUCUUGUUGAUAUUACUACACCAGAAACAGGAAUAAUAAGAAAUAAAACUACAGAUUAUCAUGAAAUAAUUCCUUGUACGGAUUUGAUACCUGAACAUGACAGACCGGACUGGCAGAUAUGGUGUAGAGGUGUAAAUCCUAAAAUACAGAAUCAUAGACUUAUAGUUGAUGGUGAAGGGUCAGAGGCAGUGUUUAAUGGUCCUGUUCCAAUGUCAAAUGUGCGGUACACCAGAGCUAAUAGAUAUAUAUCAGCUAACUGGGAUGGUUUUGUGGACAGAGAGGCUGGAAUGUUGGGAUACACAAUCUGGGUUGGUCAUCAGGAGUGUGAAGAUUUGAUUCAUAUACACCAUGAUCCACACAAACAUCUGUUUGAUAAAUCUCAGUGGACACACAGUGCUAUGAUCAGCCCGAUACCUGCACCCUAUAAUAUUCUUCCAGAUGAUGAGUACUUUAUUACUGUUAGAGCAUUAAAUGAUGUAAAGUAUGGAGGACCAUUAGCAACAACAGUCUGUCAUACAGUGCCUUAUACUGUUGACAAUUCUAGACCAAUAAUGUCAGAUAUCUAUGGUGUUUCAUAUGAUGAAGACUUAUAUCUACUAAAGGCAAUACACAACUCUAGUGACCCUGACUCUGGAAUAGAGUUUAAUGACCUUUGUUUAGGUCAUUCCAGGAGAGAUUGUGAUGAGAUGGAUUGGACGAGACUGGAUCAUAAUCUCAGUAUAGAAUAUAUUGUAGAGUUAACUGAUGGUAUUCCUGUAUGGAUUAAAAUUAAAGUUGUUAACAGAGUUGAUUUGAGAAGCAUUGGUGUAGCUGACCAGCCUAUUAUUGUAGACAAAUCUCCUCCUAUUGCUGGAGAGGUAUUAGAUGGACCAUUGGGAGGUGUGGAUCUGAAGUACACAAAAGAUUUUGAUUUUCUGUGCUCUAAUUGGCAACACUUCUAUGAUCCUGAGUCUGGGAUAUCUACAUACAUGUUAGGUGUGACCUCAGAGUAUAAUGUCAACAUCACUGACAUAGCUAACCUGACAGAGAUUAGUAGUAAACAGCACAAAACCUGUGUAGAUAUAGAUCCUCAGCAUGCAUUGGAACAUCAGAAAACAUAUUACACUAUCGUCUGGGCUUAUAAUGGAGCUAUUAAACAACAGAAAGUUGUCAGUAUAUCUAAUGGAGUUACAGUAGAUUUGACAGAACCAGUAUCAGGGGAGGUAAUUGAUGGAGUGGAAGAGAACUUUAGUGACUUACAGUAUUCUCCUAAUCCUGCAAAGUUAGGAGCUCAGUGGAAAGAUUACUCAGACCCAGAAUCUGAUAUAAAUCAGUACGAAAUCCAGGUUCAGGUUGCAAGUAAUAAUACAAAUGAUUUUGAGGUAAUAAGGGAUUGGGUAGUAUUCUCUAAUGAUACAACAGAGGUUGAAUGGGUGAAUUUUCACCUACAUCACAAAGAUCAUGUCAAGAUACAGCUGAAAACAACCAAUGGUGCUCUAAACUCUGUUACAUCUGAUACUGAUGGAUUUGUGGUUGAUCUGACACCCCCUGUAUUACUCAGCCUGGGAGAUGGCACUAUGCUACAUCAGGACCAAACUUAUCAGUCUAGUGUUUCAUCCCUGUCCAGUGCUUUCCAGUUCAUUGAUGAAGAAUCUGGAUUAGAUCAUUUUAAGAUACAAAUUUAUCAACUUCGAGAUGGAAUCAGGUCACAAAUUAUACCAGAUAUACACGGUGACUGGAUGGAUAUUGGUAAUAAUAUAACUAUGACAAGUUACACACAAGAAGGACUAACAUUACACCAGGGGGCGCUCUACAGUACCAGAGUAGGCGCUGUUAAUAAAGCAGGAUUUGUGGCAGCAUUUGAGACGGAUGGUGUGAUAGUGGACACCACACCACCUAUUAUCCAUUGGCUACAUGUUGGGACCCUAGCAUCUGGAAUGGAGAAGAAAGUAGAUGGAUUUGUGUGGCAAGCUGAUACAUCAGGGAUUAAAGUAGCUUGGGAUGCUGAUGAUCACCAAUCAGGAAUUGUGGGUUAUAGAGUAGCAGUCGGGACUACAAAAGGUGGUAGAGAUGUCAUGGACUGGACCAAGUAUAAAUCUGAGACUGAUGUUUACAUAUCUGAUCUGUCCCUGCCUCUGACUGAUAUUGUGACAAAGUCUCCCAUAUAUUAUGUCAGUCUGAUAGGAGAUAAUGGAGCAGGACAAGAGAGUACUAUCAUAACAUCAACUCCUAUAGUUGUAGUCAAUGAAGACAAACCAGGAAUUGUGAUUGAUGGAGCCAAGGGAACAGAUAACCUUGACCUACUGAUCCUUGAUGAUGAUACAGAUUAUCAGUUACACCCUACCACAGUCAGUGUACAGUUUGAUGGGUUUGAGAGCCAUUUACAUGGCGUAAUGGAAUAUAAAUGGGCUGUAGGUACAACACCAGGAGGGGAAGAUGUCAUGUCCUUUAUACCAUAUGGUCUUAUUCACAGUGAGGAAGUCAGUGUCAAGGGAAAUGGUAUAACAAGUUCAGGGUAUGCCCAAGCUAAUCUAGAUCUGAAGUCUGGUGUUACAUACUAUUCCACUGUGAGAGCUAUUACUAAUGUUGGCAGUGUCCUGGAAUCAGUGUCUGAUGGUUUUACUGUAGAUACAUCACCACCAAUCAUCUACCUAGACAGAUUAACAGACCAAAGUUCCACUGAUGCUAAUAUUGGAGCAGGAUCUACCUUAUAUGAGAAAUCUGCAGACACUUUGUUUGCCUCGUGGCAUUACAAUGACACAGAGAGUAGUAUUAGGAGAGCCUGGUACUCAGUUGGAACAUACCCCUUUGCUGAGGAUGUUUCACCCAUUACUGAGGUAGAAGUGUCAUCUGGCCUUCACAGCAUAUUACCAUUAGCAUCUAUAAUACCAGAUACUACAGGCAAACCAAACAUAAUAUCCAUCUGGACAGAGAACAACGCUGGAACCAUCAAUAAAUUGACAUCUGGUUCUGUAAUCAUAGACACAACUCCUCCAAGUCAAGGCAUUGUUACUUGUCCUGAAUAUGUUGGUGCCAAGGUACCAGUUAAAUGUUCCUGGUCAGGAUUUCAGGACAGAGAAAGUCCAAUUCAAAGGUUUCUUAUCUCUCUAGGAUCAGAAGAAGGACUUACUGAUAUAUUUGUAGACAAAGAAGUUAGUGGGUUCACAUCCAGCUUCUCUAUUGAUGAUGCUGGUUCCCUGAUGAUCCAUGGACAAACCUAUUAUUUAACAGUAACUGCUGUCAACUCUGUCUACCUUAUGUCAUAUGCUUUCUCUGGUCCUAUAGCCAUAGACACUACCCCUCCAAAGAAUGGUAAAGUUAUUGACCUUCAUACGACCUACAGAAUGGAUGUCAGUAAUAAUACUGCAACAGUUUUAAUGAACUCCAGAACUUGUUCAACUGACCAAGAAUGUGAUGCUUUAGAUGCCACUUGUUCAGAAUCUUUGACUUCUUUGUCAUUGGCAUGGCAACCAUUUACUGAUGAACAGUCAGGAAUUAAACAAUAUGAAGUAGCCAUUGGUAUUACCCCUGGUGGAGGACAGAUCAAGCCAUUCAUGAGGAUACCAGUAGAUACAUUACAGUAUACAGUGAAUGGUCUCAAUCUACAUGGACUCAAAAAGGUGUAUGUGUCAGUGAGAGGGACUAAUGGAGCAGGUUUAUCCAGUGUGGGUACAUCUAAUGGUGUUCACAUGUCAUAUCUGAGUCAAGGACUGCCACCAUUGUCACAUAUUGGAGUAUAUGAUGUUCUACAGAACUCACAUGGAGACGUGGACUUCCAGGAAAGCUAUGACACGUACAGAGCAUCAUGGGAUAUGUCAGGUGACCCAUGUCCUGUUGUUAGAUAUGAAUGGCAGAUACAGAGGCUGGAUGGGAAAGUUGUCAUGCCUUGGCUAGAUUUGGGAAUAAAGACCUCAGGGAUGAAUGAUGAAUUACAAAUGUUGAAUGGAGAACUGUAUUACUCCUUAUUAAGAGUGACGAAUGCUUUAGACUAUACCUAUAUACUGAGAUCUAAUGGUGUGACCAUCAAACAAGAUCCACUAAUGCCUGGUAAAGUAUUUGAUGGGGAUGUUGAUGGGUACGAUCUGAACUUCCUAGGAUCUAAAGCUAUGGUGACGGCUAAUUGGGAUGGAUUCGGUUUACCUGUCAACACACAAGUACAAGUAGACGUCAUAUCUGGUAACCCAGGAGUCCAUGUGAAUCAAGAGAACAUUGAUUAUCAAGAUAAGAAUCAAGAUGUCGUCUAUUAUGAAGUAGCAUUAGGUACUGACAGGAGAUUCCCUAAAACCAGAGACAACAUUGUACCAUUUACUAAUGUGGCUAAAAAUACAUCUGUCACUUUCUAUGACCUAGAACUGGUUCCUAAUAGGGGAAUGUAUUACUUUACUGUUAAAGCAUUCAGUGCAUCUUAUUCUGUUGCCAUGGUCACAUCUAAUGGAUUCCAUGUUGGAUAUGAUGGUGGAGUAAGUGUGGGAAUAAUCAAUGUAGAGGACUAUAUCAGUACAGAUAAAUAUGUGGAUGUACAGUUUGAAGGGUUCUACUCCAAGCUAGACAUACUGAUGUAUUAUGUAGCUGUGUCUGAUUAUAGAAAUUUUACUGGUUCUGAUUGUAAACAAUAUAUUGAUGGUGGUAAAUCAACAGAUGAAGAGAAGGCAGCCAUGUUUAAUGUCUACCCUGUAACAAAUAUUAACCAGAAUACAUUCUAUAGAAUACAACCUCUAAACCUACAACUGGCUAACAACUAUUUCAUAUGGGUAAUGGGUACUGACAAGUCGGGGGAAUGUAGUAUGACGAGUCGUGAAAUCAUUGUGGAUACAACUCAUCCUGAAUCUGGAGAACUAGCUUGUGGUCCGGACUAUAACAUGGCAGUUACAUACACACCAGAGAGAACCAGUCUAACUGUAUCAUGGGAGAAUUACAGGGAUCCAGAAUCUGACAUCAAAUCAUAUGACAUAUCGCUGUGGUUUAACUCUUCCUGUUCUGAAGAUAACACACAGUCCUUACUCGUAGACUGGAUAGAACUGUCAUCUAAUUAUUCACAGUAUUCUUUUACAGAGCUGGAUCUAAAGCAAAAUAUCCCAUACAUUGUGAAAUUCAGAGUAACUAACCUUGCUGGACUGUCGAUCAAUGAAGAAUCUUCACCAAUUUUAUAUGAUUUGUCAACCCCUACAGCAGGAAAAGUUGUGGAUGGAUCGGACUUUUUGAAUGAUAGAGUAUGGUUCAGUUCAUCAACUACUAUCACAGGAUCAAUUAUUCAUCUUGCUACACCAAGGGGUCUGCCAUGUCCAACUCAGGCAAUAUCAAUGGUCAAUGAUCCAGAUUGGAAGAUACUAAAGCAGAUUGGGUUAAAAGAUCCUAGUGGUCAGCCCUGGUCACUCCUACACAGAGAGGAAAAUGUGAGAAGUUUAGUAUAUGAUGAUGCAGUGUCUAUAAAGUUAGCAAGAGAUGUUAAGAAAGAACGGAUGUUUUCUGGGUCGUAUUACAGAACAGCUGAUUUUGAGAAUGGUGGUACUUACCAGAUAUCAGUAAAGGCUGCUGAUGGGGAAGGUAUUGCAGUAACAGGUAUAAUGUUAUGGGAUGGUCCAGAGGAAGAAAUAGCUACUUAUGACUACCUGGAAGAGGAGGAUUGGACACAAAGUAUAUGUGACUGCUGUUUACAGAAUCCUGUGCCUCAGGGUUGUUCGAUGUGUAACUGUUCAGAGUACAACCAUACAGAAACAACAACAGUUACCUCUUCUAUAACACGACCACCAUACGAUAUAGUUAACAAUGCUGAUGAAUCUGAUGUCACCUCUCCUAUUGACACCACAAGUCCUACAGCACAGACGUCCUGUGGAAUACAGAUCUAUUCUGGUUCAACCCCUCAUAUUGUUACAUGGUGUAGAUCUUAUAAUGGCACCCAAAGAUUGAUGAAAACAAAGAUGGAUUUGAACUUUGACCCUACUACAGAAUAUCACAACUACAAAUUUAUGGUUACUCCCCAGAAAUAUGAUGAGAUCAGUAUUAACUGGUGUAUAACUGUGUUUGUGGAUGAUGGUGAAUUAACAGAGAUAUGUGGUAUAGAACCACCAAGUGUAUCUACUAAACUUGUACUACAUGUUUGGAACCGUAACAACUAUGUUCCAGAAAUAACAGACUUAUUUAAUGUCUUCUCUACUAAGGCAUACUUUAAAAACUUGGUCAUGCCUCCUAAGGUUGGAUCAUUGUGUCGCUAUGGAAACCCAUUUAGAGGAGGUACAAAUCCAGUUAUAAAAUAUGAGGCAGCCGUAGGAACAGACCAACUUACAACAGAUAUAUCCGACUUCAGUGAGGUCUAUAGACCUUGUAUACCAUGUUAUAAUAAAUGUUCUAAAUAUAACUGUGACUCUAAUUGUGAUCCAGAGGAACAUUUGAAAGUGACCUUUAACUUGACCAAUCUUAACCUACAACCUUAUAUAGUGGAUAAAAAUGAUACAGGUCAUGAGUAUAAUAAGACUGCAGCUUAUUAUCUAACAGUGAGAGCUGUCCUUGGAUCAGGACUAACAGCUGGAGCUUCAUCUGAUGGUUUCUAUGUAGAUAUCACCCCUCCACAGUUUGAUUCAGAGGUUAUGAACCAGAUCUACAUUGAUGUCACUCAAGGGGAGUUUACUCCGGUCAAAUAUCAGGCAUCUAAUGACACCAUUAAAGUGUUUUGGUAUUGUUAUGAUGAACAGAGUAUGAUAAAGGAGAAUAUGUGGGCUAUAGGAACAUCUAUUGGAGGUGAAGAUAUUCAGCCAUAUAUAUCUGUUGGUAUUAAACAGUUGGGUAUAAACAGUUCAUUGGAAGGUAUUCUGAAGACUAACCAUACAUACUAUGCAUCCAUCAGGUGUGUAAAUGGUGGGGGACAAAUGGCUGAAUGGAAUGAUCAUAUAGGUGUGGUUGCUUUGUUAAUACCUCCAAAUGUUAAUUUGAUCAACACAACCGUUAUUGGAGCAGAAGAUUUCGACCAUCCUGUGACACCAACUGAUGCUAAACGUGGCACUGAUCCAACUAGUGUAGGGUUUACAUUUACCCUCAGUGAGGAUGAGUCUGUUACAAAAUAUGAUAUAUGUAUGGGAUCAUCGGUGGACAAUGAUGACAUAUUCCCCUGUACCUGGGUCAGCAUUAAUAUAUCUGGUACUGUGGUCAUUAAAAAUGGUUCCUUGUUUAUGAACCAGUACGAACUAUACAAGCUGUCUGAAUUGAGGAGGGACCAGGUUAACAUUACUACUAAUGCUUUUCAUAUGGAACCAGGAAGGACAUUGUUUGUUACACUACGUGCUUGUAACGAUGCCUUCCUGUGUAACAAUAAAUCAUUGGGAUCAGUAACCAUGAUGGAUGAUAAAGCUGUACUAAAGACCUCAGUCAGUGGUGAACCUAUAGAGAUGGAGCAUGAUAUCAAAUCUAAGAGAAAGAAGAGGAGUAUUAAUGUGGCGGACAGUCUUAUCAUCACAUCACCUGAUGGACUUGAAGCUGGACAGAGUAUAGUACUGCAACCUUUAGAUGGCACAGAUCUGACAACUAGUUAUGCUUCAGACUCGUCUCCUCAGUUCCGAUCCUACAUUGUUAACCCUGAUGACACCUCUGAUAUGGUGGAUAGAAUACUCUAUAAAAGGUUACAUGAAAGUCAGUUUUCCUUUGCUGUGAUUCCUGUUGGCCAUCUGUCAAUGCCUGGACCAUUACAGAUCACAUACCAGGAUACAGUUACUGACAGAGACAAAACAUUGAUGUUAACCCACUGGAAUCCAGAACUGCAGCAGUGGGAAUUGUCCAGUAAAACCUGUGGUGACCAAGAUGGAACAGAGGUUACCAAUAUAAAUGGAACUGUAACAGUUAUGGUUUGCAGUACUAGUAGUUCUAAUAGGAACCAAAAUGAUGACCGUCGAAGGAAGAGGUCUACAGCAGAUCCUAACUACUUGUCAUCAGAAUCCCAGUUCUCGUUGUCUGCAGUCACAACUUCAGUGUACAAUACACCUCCUAGAUUGGUCAGUCCUAAUACUGUUACUAUGGAGGAGGAUGAAGGUACCCUACAGUAUUUACUAGAGGCUGUUGAUGAUGAGGGAGAUUCCAUUAUAUUUUACCUGGACAAUACAACAUAUAUAAUGGGAGAACCCAUACUCCAUACAAAUGGACUAUUGUUAUAUACACCAUGUGUUGAUUGUUCAGGAACAGAGACAAUUAGAAUCAUCUUAUCAGAGAAUCAAACAGACCCAGAUAUAAGUGUGGCUAGUCUACCUGUAACACUGACUGUCACAAUAACCAGUCAAAAUGACCACCCCGAAAUAUUCAUUACACAGUAUGGACAAUCAAUGUUACACCAAGACCCAUCUGAACCUGUUAUUGUGUAUUUAGAGCAGAUGCAGGAUUAUAAUGAGGACAUUUGGUCAGAACAGUUUACAGCGGUGAUUGGUGGAUAUGAUGUGGAAAAAGAAGAUGACCUCUCCAUGUUUAUAUCCUAUCCUAACCAUGGAAACCUGACAGUAUCUGGUGAAGAAACAAUAUUAUUGAAGAUAGAUACAUGCCAAGAGCAGUUAUUGAUGGAUACAGUUCCAUGUGGAAACUUCAGUCAGCUGUUACCCUACAAUGAAACAAAGAUGUCCUGGAUCUAUGUCACUGUGACCUAUAUUCAACCUUCUGGUUACUUUGGAUUUGAUAGGGUGAAGAUGUAUGUCAUGGACAACAACAAUUCUUCAUCUGAAAUUUUAACAGUAGAGUUUGCUAUUAUGGAGUCCCCUUGUCAGAACAAUGGCCAAUGUCAAGCCAAGAACACUAGUAACUAUCCCUGUGAGGAUACACACAGAGCUGAGAGUUUUGACCAGUAUUAUGACUGCGUAUGUAGCUCAGGUUAUACCGGUCAGCAUUGUGAGGAGGAUGUAAAUGAAUGUCUACAGACUCCGUCACCCUGUCCAGAAUCUUACACCUGUAUCAAUACCAUUGGUAGUUACAUCUGUACCUGUCCUGACUGUGGAAUACAGCCAUGGAUGAUAGCUGUCAUUGUAAUCUGUAUCAUAGUAAUCCUCAUCUCGGCUGUCAUUGCAGUUUUCUUUCUGAGGAAGAAACUAAGGCAUAACAGAUGGGUGUAUCCAUCACAUGGAGGUCACUCUGGAAAAUCACUUUUUGAUGAUGACAUUGAUGAAGAGGAGCUGUCUAGUGAGAGUGAAAAUGAGGAGCCAGUAAAAUCAGAGGUACCAAGGUAUCAAAGACAAACCGUGUCAUUCCAAAUGAAGACAAAAAAUAAAUUUCAAUUUGAAAGUCAUGUCCCACCUCCAAGACAAUUGAACAAGUAUCCUGGAAAAUUAACAAGCGAAUCAAGUCAUGCUACACCAUGGAAACCAUUACCACAUGUCAAACAGAUGCCUGUUACCAGUACAUUAGGUCAGAAGAAGCCUGUCUUCAAUCUUGAGUUGAUGAAUGACCCUGACAUUUCCAGAACAGUUUCUACAAUAGGCAAUAAAGUGGAACUGCCUAUAGUUGAUGAGGGUGGAUGCUUCAGAGAGUCUUCUUUGCUGUCCAUAGAGUCCAACAUGUUCCCAUCAGAUGAGUGUAAACAGGAGGCCCCAGCAGUUACACAAACAACUAGUCUGGAUGAGAACCUAAUCUCAUUUGUAGUGGAUAGUUUGAAUGAAGAAACAUCUGCUUGAGAGGGUGAACAUUUGUAAAAAGAAAAAGGACUGUGAUGACAAGAUUAUUUUUUUAUUUUUCUUUCAAUUUUUUGUUCUAUAUUUUAUUAUAUAACCUACUUCUGUUUCCAAAAUUGGUCAACUCGAUCUAUAGCAUUUGAGAGUUCUGUUCUCAUCAGAGUUCAUUACUGAAUUGAUAAACUAAAGUCAAUUAAUAUUAAAAAUGAAUGAAUAUACUUAGCUUUCAGGAUCUGACUGUCUGUAGAAAAACUAUAUAUGUAUCUUAUAGUUACCUUUCUUUUUACUUUAUAAUAAAAUUUACUUGCAUUGA